GAAUACCAAAAGUAAUAUUACCAAGAGUACCACAAGUAUUCAACCAACAACCAGUAAUACCAUACGUGCAAUAUCAAAGGCCAACUAUACCAAGACCUUUACAACAAAUACAAUUUGACAACCAACUACAACAACAGCUAAACAACCAAUUUGGAAUAACACCAAGACCUGUUGUACCAUAUAACACAGCUCCACCAAGAAUACCAAAGAAACCUAAACACCUACAAUUUCUCAAAAGAAAUAAAUGA